AUGAGCAUCAUCCAAGAUUUUCUAGGAAGGAGAUAUUUUUUUGAUGCAGAGCUGUGGGCAACAUCGGUGGAGAAAUAUGAGAAAGUUGUUUGUAGGACGUGCCGGAAACCGAUAUUGGGUGCCGCUUUUUAUUACUGGGGUAGAGACAUGUACUUUCACAUAUCAUGCCUCAAUGUACCCACAAAUCACAAAGCCCUUUUGUUACACUUCAGCCCAUGGUUGUAUGAUCCGCAUGGUCCCUUCAUCUUCACAGAAGAAGUGAAAAAUGAUGGCAAGGAGGACGUUAACGACGUUGUUUGCUUCGGCUGUGAGAAGCCAGUAUCUGGUGCCGGAUACAAAUGCUCCACCUCCCAAUGCAAUUUGGUCUUCCAUAAAUCAUGCCUUGAGCUGCCUCUCUCUAUAGAAUACCCUUUCCACCCAAACCACGUCCUUGCUCUUGUAAAGCCACCAAAAAAACAUUGUAAUGCUUGCAGUAAAAACUGCAAUGCAUACCCCUUCUACCGUUGCGAUGAGUGUGAUUUCAAUCUUGAUUUCACAUGUGCUACCCACUCGCAAAUUAAUAUAAAUACUGACAACUGCCAACACACAUUCAUCUCUCUCUCUAAGCAUUUCCAAUUCACUUGUGAAGCUUGUGGUGAGGAAGGCAAUGAGUUCGCCUCACAUUGUAGCAUUUGUCAACUCUUGGUUCACACCAAAUGUGCUGGAUUUUCACGCAUCAUCAGAAUUACAAGUCAUGAUCACUCUCUCACUCUCACUUACUCUCUUCAUCAAGUCAAAGAGCACAAUGAUAUAUUUUGUAAUCUCUGCUAUCAAAAAGUGAAGACAAAGUAUGCAGCCUAUUAUUGUAAGGAAUGCAAUUAUGUUGCCCACUUGGCAUGUGCAUUUAAAUAUGAAGAAUAUGUAGAUCUCAAGAUUAUGCGUGAGGAAUCAGAAACAAAUGUUAUGGAGGUUGAAGGGGCUAAACAGAUACAACAUUUUAGCCAUCGACAUGAUUUAAUUUUUAGCAACAAAGAGCUUGUGGAUGAUAAGUUUUGUAAUGGUUGUAAAGGACUAAUCUCCACCCCGUUUUACAGCUGUACACAAUGCGACUUCUUUCUCCACAGUAGAUGUGCUCAGCUACCAAGAAACAAGCGACAUCCACUUCAUCCACACUCACUCAACCUUUAUAUAUUUGGACAAUUCUUAUGUAAUGCUUGUCAACGUUACAGGAGUGGCUUCACCUAUAGUUGUGGAAUGUGUCGCUUCAAUUUUGACCUUCAAUGUUGUUCAAUUCCGGAAACCUUGAAACAUGAAGGUCACCAACACCCUUUCUCUCUUGCUGGUAAUUCUAAUAGAAUAUGUUCUGUUUGUAAUUUCACUUCUUACAACAAACCUUGUGUGCUUGUAUGCACGUAUUGCGAUUUCUCCUUGGGUUUCGAAUGUGCAACUCUUCCGCUCGAAGCUAGACACAAAGACGACGAUCAUCUCCUCAAGCUUACCUACAGUGCUGAAGCUCAUUGUGCAGAAUACUAUUGUCUAAUUUGCGAAAAAGAAAGAGAUCCCAAACGAUGGUUCUAUUAUUGUGCCCAAUGCGACUUCCCUGCUCAUUCCCAAUGUGUUUUAGGAAAAUAUUAA